UUCAAAGUCCGGGAAUGCAGCAGCGUCGUUGUACCGGGAGGUCGUUCGUUUUCCGGCAGACAGCUAAUGACACCUGACACGGUCUUCAGUUUGAAUACCCAGAACGUCUAGGCAUAGGAUUUUAUUUUUAAAAAUGAUCCCAGAGCUGUCCAACCCCUCGGUGUGUAUGAAGGACCCCCAGAGGGUACAAGACAUCCUGCACUCCAUGGUGAAGGCUGGUUCCAACACCCUGCAGGUGAUUUCAGACUUCGACAUGACCUUAACGAGGUUUUCACAUAACGGUAAAAGGUGUCCCACCUGUCACAAUAUUCUUGACAACAGCAAAGUCAUCUCUGCAGACUGCAAACAGCAGCUGGAUCAUCUCCUGCAUACCUACUAUCCCAUAGAGAUCGACUCUUCUCGAUCAGUGGAAGAAAAGCUGCCUUUAAUGGUGGAAUGGUGGACCAAAGCUCACGAUCUCCUGGUGGAGCAGAAGAUCCGGAAAGACCUGCUCGCAGAGGCUGUGAGCGAGUCGGAAGUCAUGCUGAGGGAGGGCUUCCAGCUCUUCUUCGACCACCUGCAUGAGCACAGCAUCCCUCUGCUCAUCUUCUCCGCUGGGAUAGGAGACAUCCUGGAAGAGGUGAUUCGGCAGGCUGGAGUCUUCCACUCCAACGUCAACGUCUUCUCCAACUACAUGGACUUUGAUGAGUCAGGGGUGCUGAGGGCUUUCAAGGGUGAACUGAUCCACAUUUACAACAAAAGGGAAGGAGCUCUGCUCAACACGGGCCACUUCCAGGAGCUGCGGACGCGGCCCAACGUGCUGCUGAUGGGAGACUCUCUCGGGGACCUAUCCAUGGCCGAUGGAGUCCAGGACAUGGAGAACAUUCUCAAAAUUGGAUUUCUCAAUGAUAAGGUGGAGGAGAGGAAGCAGUCGUAUUUGGACUCGUAUGAUAUUGUGUUGAUAAAAGACGAAACCUUGGAAGUUCCCAACGCCGUCCUCAUGCAUCUAACCGGCAAUAAAUAAAGUGUAAAGCGUUUCCCAUCCUUUGGACGCUCCAGAAACGUCUCAGUGGGCGACAGUCAGGAUUGUCUUUUCCUCUGAUAAAAACACCCCAACCUCUCAACAGGAUCUCUGCACAACAUGCCAACAAAGCACAAACGCCACAUGUCAAGUGGCUCUGUGCUUACAGAUGUUUUAACAUCUCUUUUUCAUAAAAUGUUGUAAAAGUACAGAAAAUAAGAAGUUAUGUUUUUGUAUAACAUUUACCUUGACUCCUUCAGAGAAAAUAAAGUCCAUUUCUUUUAAAACAAAA